CUGUUGCCAUCGGUAUUUGGGGCCACUGAUCUUCAGGAAGGGAGGAGCUCAUGUCCCAAGUGGCUCAAGAGUGAGAAGCUUUCUGCAUAAGCUUCAAUGGCUUCACAACCCUGUGGUCUACGCUGCGCGUGUUGGGCCCCGGUGUUUGGUUUUUGCUCCAUUCUUUCGAACUCUCUUCUCAACAUCAUGAGGAAUUGAUACGCAGCGAGCCGUGCAGACAUGAAGGACCAUCAAGGAUCAAGGUCAUCGAAGGCCCCCAGACCGACGAUUAUAAAUAAAGCGAGUCGACGAACAGACUCCAGACAUUCUCCUCUCUCAUCCUCAUCCGAUUCAUCAGUCACUCGCUCACUGUCAUCGUGUAGGGAAGGCGGGAACCUUUCACUUCUUCUCUCAGUCAAUCGUUUUUUACCAUUUUCUCUCAUUUCCCACCUUACCCCCUUCUCAUACAUCAUGAGGGUCACUGCCACCGUCGCCGUUGCCGUCCUCGCCGGACUGGCCCAGGCUCAGAUGCUUGUCUCGACCCGUCCGGCCGGCUGGCAGCCGUCGCAGCCCGACUUCCCCCCGGUGCCCCUGGACCCGAAGACCGUCGUCGAGACGACCGUGACCCGGGUCUUUGUGCCCGGCCACGGCCGGCCGACCUGGACUUGGAGCACAAAGGUCGUCACCGUCACCCAGCCUUGCACGACCACCUCGACGACUACCCCUUGCACCACAUCCACCAGGAAGCACGAGCCUACCCCGUGCUCUACUUCCAAGAAGCCUACCACGACUCCUUGCUCGACCUCCAAGAAGCCCACCACGACUCCUUGCUCGACCUCCAAGAAGCCUACCACAACUCCUUGCUCGACCUCCAAGAAGCCCACCACGACUCCUUGCUCGACCUCCAAGAAGCCCACCACGACUCCUUGCUCGACCUCCAAGAAGCCCACCACGACCCCGUGCUCUACUUCCAAGAAGCCUACCACAACUCCUUGCUCGACCUCCAAGAAGCCCACCACGACUCCUUGCUCUACGUCUAAGAAGCCUACCACGACUCCUUGCUCGACCUCCAAGAAGCCUACCACGACUCCUUGCUCGACCUCCAAGAAGCCUACCACGACUCCUUGCUCUACUUCUAAGAAGCCGACAACCACUCCUUGCUCUACCUCCAAGAAGCCCACGACCACUCCUUGCACCACCUCAACCAAGAAGACCACCACCCCCUGCGCGUCUUCUACUUCCAAGAAGUCCACAACCACCCCCUGCAAGUCUUCUUCUAGCUCCAAGAAGUCCUCGACCACCCACAAGCCCAAGACGACCUCCAAGAUCGUGACCUCUAGCCGCCGCCACAACGCCACGACCCCUUGCACCUCAGCCAUCAAGGAGACAACCACCCACAAGCCCAGAACCACCACGACCGCCAAGGCCUCGACCUCCGCCGUUGUCGUCGUCUUGUCUUCGCAGAAGGCUGUUCCCCCUUCGUCCCAGCCCGUUGUCGUGGUCUCGUCCCAGCUCGCCGUGCCGCCUGCGUCUUCGGCUCCCGUCGUCGUGGCGUCUUCGCAGAAGGCUGUCCCCGUCACCCCUCAGGCCUCGAGCACACCUUGCCCUACGGUCACCAGAGUCCGUUACCACAACUCUACCGUCACGGCGAACACGCCUGCCACUGUCCCUUCGCAGCCUCCCGCUCAGCCUCCCGCGCAACCCCCGGCGCAGCCUCCCGCUCAACCUCCUGCUCAACCUCCCGCGCAGCCUCCCGCUCAACCUCCUGCUCAACCCCCGGCGCAGCCUCCUUCUCAACCUCCCGCUCAGCCUCCUGCUCAACCCCCUGCGCAGCCUCCUUCUCAACCUCCCGCUCAGCCUCCCGCCCAGCCUCCUGCUCAACCCCCUACUCAACCCGCUGUUCAGCCGCCUGCGCAACCCCCUGCCCAGACUCCGGCGCAGCCUCCCGCCCAGCCGCCCACCACUGGAGGCAAGCCCUCCACGGUCCCCACCGCUGGCGGCAGCUACCUCAAGGCACCUCUCACCCUCGGCGGUGCCCUCAUGGUCGCCGCCUUCUUCCUCUGAGUGUCUCUAUAACUUCACGGAAGACGCUUUUGCAAAGAAGUUCGAGGGGGGGCAGAGGAAGGGGUACGGCCUGCUGCAGAGUAGCUACUGAAAAGCAGUUACUGGAAAGUAGUAGACUUCUGCCUAUCUCUCUUCUUCCUAUGUUCUAGCUUCAUCUGAGUUGAAGCGUGUGGAAUGGAGUUGAAUGGCCAGUCUUACCAGACCAAAAAAGGAGGAGGAAAAAGUGUUACAGUGGAAGAGCAUAUAGGAACCAACUUUGGCUCGAGCUUGGAUAAAAGACUUAAUCUGUCAGGUCGUAAUAUCCUGUCGCCCCGCCUUUUGUUCAAGCAUCUCGUCAACUGCUUCUAGUCUUGUAGUUUUUGUAGUGUAAGUCACUAGACUUUAAAGUUCCCGCCUUAAUACAACACUUUGGAAACCACUCCAUUUUGUCAAAAA